UGUAUAGCAAAUUGAUAAACCCAGAUCCUAGUUUGUAAAGCUUCAACUUGAAAUUGUAAUUCUGCUUUCAAAUAGAAAGGGAAGAGAGAAAUGUCAUCUGCUAUUCAUUUCUUUUCUCUUUCGUGCAAACCAAGAAACCCAAUCCUCAGUACCAACUCUUCCUUUUCCACUCAGUCAACUCUGGUCACUCUGAGGUCCCUCUGUUUCUUCGCAACUCUAACUCACAGUGUCUUCUUCAAAGGUUGUUUGUCAAUGAUCAAUGUUGAAAGGCCAAUCCGUCAAUCUGUUAUUUGCAUGGCCAGAAGAUAUGCUCCCAACUCUAGGUUGAGAAAGAUGAAGAGCAGAAAAAGGGGUGGUGAUCCGGAGAAGAAAAGGACGAGGAAGAGGAAGAGGACUGGGAAAAGGAAAGGUAGGGGUGAGACAAGGAAGAAGAAGAAUGUAAAAGUAAUCAGGCUUGCUUCAUCAGCUGGGACAGGAUUUUUCUACGCCAAGAAAAAGAAUACGAAGAACAUGAAGAAACUUGAUAUCAAGAAGUAUGACCCUACUAUAAAACGCCAUGUUAAGUUUGCUGAAGUAAAAAUGAAGUGAGAGAGAAUGAAAUUCCAGUUUUGGUUAGGGUAGACUACAUAUGUCCAUCUUCUUUUGCUUCUUCAAUAUGGUAUAGUUGUUUUUCCUGGUUCAGUACAUUAGAAGAUUGUAUUUUCUUUUUGGUUUAUACUGAAGCUUGAUUAUACUCACUGUCAUGUUAAAAGGAAUUUGA